AUGGCAAUAUUUGGGGUUUCACAGAUUUUACUAAGCCAAAUUCCAGAUUUCCAUGAACUUUCAUGGCUCUCUUUUGUUGCAGCCGUCAUGUCUUUUGGUUAUGCUUCCAUAGGCAUUGGUCUCUCCAUAGCCAAAAUUGCAGUGUACUUUCCAACAGAGAUAUACCUUAUACAAUCUAAAGUGCCCAAAUUUUCUACUAUAUGGAUAGGAAUGAAAUUGCUUAAUGGGUUUUCUUUGAUUGUCACUCUUGUUGCUAUAAUUGGAUCAAUGGAAGGAAUUAUAUAUAAACCAUUUCAGUCUAAUUAA